GACAGUCCCUUCGCAAAAGUAGCACGGUGCUAGGGUAUUUACUAGUGUCAUUCAGGUUAUCUCGCAGGGUGUUCUGUCGAUAUGCGAUUUGCUUGUUCUCACCGGUUCUGGGUUCGCGAAACGUCCUGCUACCGAGUACUUUUGCGAGUAGACUGUAUAUCAGUAAUUCACACGGGGAAGCGAGACGCCGAGCUGCCCAGAUGCUUAUGCUGGCGUGGGCAGAGUGGAAGAGGCUAAGUUGGCAAGAUUACUUUAGUGUAGGGCUUCAAAUAAGAGCUUACUACCGGUAGGGUACGAGAAGACAUCGAUCAUCGCAAUCCCUAUGCAUAAGAAGGACGACGAGGCUUCCAACCAGUAGGAGGGGGCGCCAGUUCACACUGUGGCGUAAUCCGUACUCGACCGCACUCGCCUCUGCCAUCACCCCUGUAUCCUUUACUUGUUAACAUCGAUGUGCCAUGGUGCCCCUUGGUGCCCCGGAUCUGCUCAGGACAAGUCCGGGGAGGAGACUGGCGGCUUCGUGGCUUGGUGCUUGGUGUGCUUGGUAUGUGCUUGGUGUUGCUUGAAGGAUGCAAGCAAGUGCCGCCCAGACACUACAACGCCAAGGCCAUAUCCUCCGACAAGGCGCUGAGACGACGCAUUGAACAUCGCGAAGCUACGGGUUGCUUAGGACUGCGAAGGACUGCGAGGGACUGCGAUGGACUGCGAGGGACUGGCUCUAGGCCACGAGGAGGUUGAGACGACGAGACCGACAACGCGGGACUUGACCAUGCGCUGUCUCUGCUCCUUUUCCAGGUGCAGCAUGCCAUUUUUGUUUGGACGUCCCCCCAAUUCCUCAAGCACUUUUUCUUUCACGUCCGCGUACUGUACUCUCUGAAUCUCAACUCCUCUCGUUGUCCCUUUCUAGAGGACCGACCUCUGAAUUCUGUCUUCGCUUAGCUAUGUAUAUCGAAGCGUGAACCAUCAAAUCCUGAAUCUAUCGCAAUUACAUCGCAAUCCAACAUUUCUUGAUCCCCAAAAAAGCGCCUAGGGCCGUUCUUUUGUUUCCCGGAACGGGGUCUACGGGAUCACAGUUCUUCGAGAGACCAGGCUGAAUUCCAGUAGGAGAGACGAGACUCCCUCUCCGAAGAUUCAUUUUCCUACAUCAUGGAGGAAGAAGAGCCGAAAAGCCAGCUGUAUUGCUGCAAUACCUGUACAGACAUGAUUCCCAAUACUCGAGCUCGAGUGUUAUGCCAUCACUGUCUGAACUAUCACCUGUGUGCAAACUGCUAUGUGGCCAAAAACUACGCGCGGCCGCAUGUCGACAAUCAUCCAACCAUGGUAUUCAAACAAUCCGGAUAUUUUGUCCCAGAAGCACCAGGUUUCGCAGCCAAGGCGGAAAAACCACCCCCAUUACCGCCACGCCAGCCAGCCCAAACAAGCAUACAAGAUAUAGAAAUUCCUAUGGCAGACUGGAGUGUUCUCUGGAGCCUAAUCAAAUCGCCAUCCAAAAAGAACUCAAAGACAGCCGCAAAAGCCGACAUUCUCGACGAACCUUUGGUACAGUUAAAAGACGUGACUGGAGCAGGUCUUGCAGUAAUGACCAAUGGUAUCAACGAACUACAUAACCCAAAUUUCCCCCCCUCACCACCGAAAUCGGUCGAUGUUGAUGGUUCUGCUCCUUCGUAUCCGAUCCCAGAAAAAUGGGAACCAUUAUUUGCAGCCGACUCAACCCCAGCACCAAUUUUCAUUGCCUUGAUGGGAACUAUUUUCAGCUGCUUAGAUCCUCGACAUACAGGAUUCUUGACUCCAGAAGUCUACUCGGAUUUCCUCGACGUACAGGGCUAUCAGUGGACGGCUAAUGUUUGUAAGUUUUCAACACUCUGGUAUUUGAGAUGCCACAUUCUCUAACUUUUGACUACAGGGAAGAACUCGCUUGAUGCUGAAGGUGGAGAGAACCACAAGGAGAUUGCAGAUCUCGAAUUUGGCAUCUAUCUAGCUGAUCUAAGCAUCUCUCACAAACUCAUGGUCCGCGCCAAAUCUGCUACCCAAGAAGAAAUCGAGGGUGCGGAGCUGGUAGAGCCCAAAUCACCUGCCUCUCUGAGAGUCAAGGAACACAUGAACUUUGGUGCCAAUAUGCCGAUUCUUUCUCGACAAGGAUUUAUCGACCUCAGCGCCAUCGAGUAUCUGGUUAGCGCUACCAAGGGCCAUGAGUAUUUGCAAAAGGCAAUCGACGAGUAUGGAAUUUGGAAACAACUAGGAAAGCUCCCUAGAUCCAUGCUCCCCGAUAACUCCUUGCCAAAGGCUUCUCAGAUCAGGUCCAAGGCAACAGACGCUGAAGUUAAGGAAGCUGAUAAGAAUGUGGAGAACCCUAUUGCAUCGAUGGCACCAGCACUUCCAUCACGCCAAAGUAUCGGUCUCAGCGAGAACUUUGCGACGCCUGUGUCUGAAGGUGAGAAAGAACAAUUUCACGAGGUGGAUUUGAAGGUUGGUCCCAAGAAGAAGAGCGUUUCUGAGGGCUCAAGAUUGGAAGAGGACCAAGUGAAGAAUGGCAAGCGGGCAGCAUCGAUUGCAGACUCGGAUGACGGAAACAGCAGCCGCAAAAUUAGCAGCGAGUCUGGCAAGUCCUUUAUGGAGCUUUACAAGGAGAGUUAGUUGAAAUUAUCAGGUACCGUGAGCAACAUAUUUACACAUGAAAAGCUUGUUUGCUUUCGAAGCAUAAUGCUGU